UUGAUUUUUUUUUUGAUUGUGAGUGUGUUAAAAAAAAAAAGAGAUGGAGAAGAAGGAGAUAAUAAGUCUCUCACCUCUUUACUACAACUACUACUACUUGGCUCCUCUCCUUGUUGUCUUAAUUCUUUUUCCUGACUCUUUCCCCAACCCUAAUUCUUCUUCUCCUUCUUCUUCCACAAUUCAAUCUCCCAAAAUUAUAUUUACGGGUUUCCGAUUCUCAUCAUCAUCAUCAUCAUCUUCUUCUUCUCUAUCUUCUCUCGGAUUCUUUUCUGAGCUAUCUAAGUGGAGGUUUCUCGAUCUUCAGUUAGUUAGUGUAUAUGCCUCUAUACAAUGGAACCUAACGGUGGUGCUCAUUUGGAUGGUAUGAAUAAUACGGUGAGGAAGAAACGUAGCUUGACUUGUCGUCGUCGUCCUCGCCUUGAGGGAUCCACUCCUUCAGAUAAUUUGAGCAAGAUCUCCAGUGAUGAUAUACCUGCAUUCGAUACUAACCCUACAAGGAAGGAGUUUAGUCUUAGCCACUGUAUCUCUAGGGCUGAUUCUAUAGCUGAAUCCCAAAGAGGCAACAAUGGUACUCUUCGGAGAGAGAUCAACAAACGCUCCACUGAAGGUGUGCUCGCUCCUGCCAGCUGGAAGAACACUAGCCGUGAAGACGAAGGUAAUGGUAGGAUCAAUGGAAAGGCAACUGCUUUGGGUGAGCUAGAGGGUGAAACAAAGAGAAUGAAGCUUAAGAUCAGCGUUCAUGCUAAUGGUUCAUCUCGAAAGUCUUCAAAACCAGUGAAUGAUACUACUAACAACGAUUUGGAGGAGAGCUCAGAUUCCCCUCUAGAUAGGAAGGCUGGUCUCGAAGGUGUCAAUAGGAACCCUGAGAAAGACGAAACGGGGAGGAGUAAACAAGGGGGGCCAAGUGGCUCGGUUCGCAAGAGCAAAAGAGCCCCCAAGAAGAGAGUUUUCGAAAGCAAUGAUGACAGUGAUGAUGAGAUCCGAUAUUUGGAGAAACUCAAGUACAGGAAUGUCUCUGUGUGUAAUGAAGAGACUGAGUCCGUGAGGAGGCUGUUGAAGCCAUCUAAUGGGGAACAGAAGAACAAAACUGCAUCUGAAAAGGUUUCUGAAGAGAUGGAUUAUGAGGAGGAGGAACUUGAUUCGGUGGCUGAUGAAAAGGAGAUUGGUAAUGAGGUUAAGAGGCAAUCUACUAUGACUAGUCGCCAACGAACCCUUGCUUCUGCAUCUGGCAAAUCAAGCGCCAUUGAAUUUCCAGAUGGAUUACCUCCUACUACUUCGAGAAGGAAAAAGGAGAAUCUUUCAGAGAUGGAGCAGCAACUGAAGAAGGCAGAAGCUGCUCAGAGGAGAAAAGUUCAGAUUGAGAAGGCUGCAAGGGAGUCUGAGGCUGAGGCCAUUAGAAAAAUUCUAGGACAAGAUUCGAGCAGGAAGAAGCGUGAAGACAAAAUUAAAAAACGACUUGAUGAAUUGGCUCAGGAGAAAGCUGCACACGAGGAAAGGGCCUCGACAAGCUACAUCAGAACAAUAAUGGGUCCUAAUGGAACAACUGUUUCGUUUCCCAUUGACAAAGUGCCUAGCCUGUUCGAUCCCAAACCAUUCAGCUAUCCUCCUCCUCGAGAAAACUGCGCUGGUCCAUCGUGCACCAAUUCUUACAAGUAUCGUGAUUCAAAGACUAAGCUUCCUCUCUGCAGCCUCAAAUGUUACAAGGCGGUUCAGCAGCAACAGACCGCACCGGUUUAGAUAUUGAUUUUUUUUUUUGAUACAAAAGAUCAACAACUCUCAGCUCUCUGAGUUUAUAGAGAUUACAGGAAGAAGAAAUGUUUUAGUUUUUCUUUUGCUUUGCUUCAGACUUGUCUGAUUGGAUAUAGUUCAUUUUUCAUAUGUGAGCUGAGCUCAUGGCCGUCACAUCAUAGCAGUUCAUAUAUAUACAAUCUCCAAUUGCUUCUUUAAUAAUAAACUACAUGUAUUAAA